UUAAUGAAUAUCUCUAUUGUACAUAAAAGAACACUCCAUUAACCGUCGCCAUUGUCAAAACAAGUUUGAAACUUCGCCUGUCUCCUAAAUUCGUGAUUCCCAAGAAAAAUCGUGUAAAUAUGGAAGAUUUCGAUGUGUUCACGGACGAAAUUAAUUACACGAAACCGCUGUAUAUGAACAUACUCAAUAAGUUUGUUAAAGAUAUCCCAUCAACCCCAAAUGGAGCGAAUUAUCACAGUGCUAGAAAAUUACAGGCAGAAGAAUGCCUAGCAGCUGGCAAUCAGUUGGAAUGUGCCUUCAACUUGAGCGAGUCAGUCUCCGCUUCACUGAGGACAAUGGCGGUUUAUAGAGAGGAGCAGCUGAAAGCUAAUGAGAAUAAGCUGUACAAGAUUACAAGUUUCAUCAAACCAGUGAAAGACUUAAUUGAGGCCAAUCCAAUUUCCGAAGAACAAGAGAAGCUGUUUGACUUUUUGUCUGACAGCACUGAGGAGGUGACAAAGAUGUUGAAGUCUCACACAAUUGACGAGGAUGUGCCACUAUUCAGGAAAUAUCUACGGUUCAGCUCUGAAAAUAAUUCCGACAACUUUCUUAGGAUAUUGAAAGAAUUGCCUAAAGAGUGGACAAUAGUCCAAUUGACGGCGCCGUACAACCCAAAUGAGAAUAUAAAGCCUCUAUCAGAGUACAGGACAGAGAUAAACUCUAUAUACUUGAGUGUUUUCACCAAUGACUAUCUGGAUAAGACCGGCCUGGGACCUAUCAAUAUCAAUGUACCCGCAAAUGUUACCAAAGAGGGCGAGAAACCUCUGUUCACAGAGCUUUAUUCGCUACUAGACGACAAUUACAAGACUAUUGACAACGCGCAACUACUGAACAAUAAGCGAUUAGUACAGAACUACUGGAAUCGGCGUGAAGACGUAGAUUUGAGAAUGAAGAGCGUUCUAAAUGUUAUGGACAAGGAGUGGCUGGGCGGAUGGGGCAGCCUCUUGACUGGUAAACUAGAAGACAGUUCUUGGAGGGAUAAAGUCAUUAAAUUGGUGGAUAGCACUAUUAGUGAUUGGGGCUUCAUAAAAAUGACACCCAAACAAAAAGUCCUACUCUACAACUUAAUAGAGACCUGUCCAGUACUAAACUCUAACCAGAUCAAAUCAUGCAUCAGAAAAAUUUUGACUGAAGAGGGGAACAUCGCAGAUUUAAGAACUCUCAUAGACAAGACAUGCCCUACUUGCAAAGGGGAGUUUGAGUUCCCAAAUGAAUUGUGUUUGAAAUGCCUGUCUAAAUGUUUUGAGGGCUUGCACAAUUUUAAGUUAGUUGAUGGUAUAAAGGCGUUUUCCCAAGCGGCGAAGAUUGUGAGGGAAGAAGACGGAUGGAGUGGCUUGAAGAAGGCUAAGCGGCAUCCAGUGGUGUUGAUUGUUGAUGAGAUGCUAGACACGUUCCCCUGGGAAACGCUGCCCAUCCUGAACCAUCACCCGGUGUCCAGGAUAGAGAACAUCCACUUCCUCUACUACCUUUACAAGAUGCAUGAGAGCAGGGUCGUCGAUGGAUACUUCAACGCCAAAGCUGACGUCGGCAGAUACGUUAUUAACCCAGAGAAGAACUUAGAUCGCAUGGAGAAACGCAUGUCCUCGUUCGUAGAGUACUGGUGCGGAUCGUGGAGCGGCCAUAUUGGCGAGCCGCCCCCGCCCGCUGACUUCAUCAACUACCUCACACAGGCUGAUAUAUUCCUUUACUGCGGUCACGGCGACGGCUGCCGCUUCGCCAACGGCGGCGGCGCGGGCGCCGGCGUGGAGGGCGCGGCGGGCACGCGCGCCGUCACUAUCCUGUCUGGCUGCGGCUCUGUGCGCCUGGUGCAACCCGCGCCUAGGGCUGCGCCUAACGCCGCGCAUCAUCAUCUGCAUAUAGCUGGCUGUCCCAUGGUAGUGGGUAUGCUGUGGGAGGUGACAGACCUGGAGGUGGAUAAGGUGGUCAGCACGCUGGUGUCGCUCUACGUGCCAUCGACCGCGGUCACUGCUUGGCCGGCUGUUGGCAAGGCCAAGUGGAGUCAAGGGGUGCUCGAAACAAACGUAGAACAGAAGAGUGAAUUCACUCCGGAGCCGAACCUCCUAAAGGCCAUAUCGAGAGCUCGAGGGUCCACUGGUUACGUCAUGAUAGCUAGCAGCGUCGUCGCCAGAGGAUUACCAGUCAGGAUAGCGCAAUGACAUAUGGGUAGAACAUCGUAUUGAACUUUGUAUCUGCGGAAUAAAUUGAGCAUCAUCUGCAUUUAUGAAUUGCUAUGAGUUGUCAUAGCAACGCCGGACUCUGUCCUAUUCAGGAUUGGAUCAACGCAAGAAUCCGCUCAUGUGAACACGCAGCUUUAUGGAUAAUGAAACCAAAUUCGAUAUUUAAUUAAACAUAUUGUAAAUACUAUGAAUUACAAUGUUGGGUACAUAGGUUCUGUACAUACUACUAGGUUUUAAGAAAAGGAGAAAACACUUUUUUAUCAAAUCUUUAUUUUGUGUACUUAUACUACAAAAGACGUACAAGUUAAGCGUGAUAAAUAACUUACUCGUGCUGGUUUUUAUUAAAAAUGAAAUUAAAGAA